CCCAAACGAAUAAUCGGCGAUUGAACUACACGCGAUUGCGAAUCGACCACCUUUUUCGAUUUCUAUCCACAUCCCCUCCCCUCUUUUUCUUCUUUUAUUGAUCUUCGCAUCGAAUGGCGGAGGAACUGAAGGGCAGCGGCGGUGAUUUUUGCGUUCGUCGGGCCGUCCUCGCCGAUUGCCCCGCGAUGCUCGGGCUCGUGAAGGAGCUCGCGAACUACGAAAAGGCGCUCGACCGCGUGUCGAUUUCGCUGGCGGAGAUGGAGGCGUGUGGCUUCGGCCCCCAUCCCCUGUGGGGCGCCUUUGUAGUUGAGUUAACCCCCCCCCAAUCGCCGACGGGGGAGGCCCAAGACCCCAUUAUUGUAGGGAUGGCGCUUUAUUAUGAUCGCUAUUCCACGUGGAGGGGGCGGUUAUUAUAUUUGGAGGACUUUAUGGUCUCCAAGGCCUAUCGCGGGGAUGGCAUCGGGCAUCAGCUCUUUACAGCCGUCCUAGAACACGCCAAGGCGAAGAAGUACCACGGGAUGACAUGGCAGGUUUUGGAUUGGAAUGAGCCGGCGCUAAAUUUCUACCGCAAUCAUCACGCCGAGCUUGACGCCGAGUGGAUUAAUGGCAGUAUUUAUUUCUAAUAUGGAAUCCCAUAAUUGACAAUGGAUAGUGGAAUGGGUUUCUAAGUGUGUUUUUUUCCCCAGUUAACCAUUUAAUUUUAUGCUUCUGUUUUUUUGAAUUUAGCUUGCUGUAUACAUAUGUGUUUCGGCUUGCAAUUAUAAAAUUUUUUUACCAGUGAUAUUUUUAUCUUGAUUCUAGUUUUUUGUAGAAUAAUUUCAGUUGAGGUCGUAUAAUUUCUGCAAUCUUCAUUCACCU